AAUGCAGCCAGAGAUGUUGAUCUAGCAACCAAUCCGAUGUAAGGUCACAUCAUGCCUGAUCACUGGUGCGAGACGUUCAACCCGGUUGCUUGGAGACGGAGUACAGUGAAUGAGCCUGCCGUAACUCUAUCCAGAGAAGACAUUGGGAUCCAACUUCACUUUUCCAACAUGUGCUAUCUAGCAUUAGAGAGCGUCUUAUUGCAUUCGUGUUUUUAGACUUAAACGGAAAUCGACAACAGCACAAUGUCCUUCUCCAUGCUGGAUUACAGGAAUAGUCGUUUGGAUAUUCAUUGAUUACUGUGGACGCGCUUGUCGCCGUGUCAAACAUAAUGCCUAACCAUCAAAAGAAAAUUAUAUUCUCUGUCGCUGGCGUACUUUGUUUUGGUUGUGUUCUGGUCGUGGCGGCUGCGAUGGGGACGCAGUUCUGGGUUCAAGCGGCUGUUCUGUGCAAGACGGGAGCGCAGAUCGUCAACGCGUCCGGAGCAGAGCUGGAAAAAUUCAUCGGAAGGACGAACUACGGGCUUUUCCACGGCCAGGGGAUGAAACAGUGUGGUCUGGGAGACAGGCCCUUUUAUUUCUCUUUUUUUCCUGACCUGAUGGAUGUGGUUCCAGCCAGUCUGCAUGUGAGCGUGAUCUUCUUCUGCGCGGUGCUCAUCGUCUUCUCCUCAGUGUCCUGUGCCUUCUUCUUUUACAACGCUUUUGGAAACCCAUACGAGACACUGCAUGGACCCCAGGGCCUUUACCUCUGGAACAUGAUAAGCUGUUUCUGUGCCUGCAUGGUCCUCAUCCUGUUCUCGUCGGAGGUGAAGCUGCACCACCUGACCGAGAUCAUCUUCAACUUCAAUGAGGCCAGCUUCGUCUACAAGACGCAAAAUGAGAGGUACGACAGAUCCUUCUGGCUCAUCUUCCUCACCUUCCUCAUGCACGGCCUCAACGUCUUGCUCAUCCGCCUGGCCGGGAUCCAGUUCCCCUUUCAGGAGGCCAAAGAGUCUGAUGCGAGCACAGGAGCGGCGGAUCUCAUGUACUAACCAGCCCUUUUGUUCUACUUCCUCCCCUGCACACGACAUCCUACCACGGUGACUGGCACUUCUCAAUAGGAGUCUUCCGAAUAGCGGCAUCCGUUUUGUUUACAGCCGAACCCAUAUGAGCCUCUUAAGCUAUUGAGACCACGUGUGGUGAUGAACUUUGAGAUGCCCGCGUGUCUGGAGAAAAGGGUUCUUAUCUCGCAGCGGGGAGGCGGGAGUGAGGCUGAUGGAGCAUUCAUUCUGUCAAUCACUCGAACAAUUAACACUCACCAUUUCAAACGGCUGAUGAAAACACCCUGUAGUUUCCAGUCUGGCUGGGGACAUGACAGUUUCCUUUGGUUGUGGAUGUUUUAUAAUCCAGUUGUGGCACAAAGGGAUGUGACAAUUGGCAGUUCUGAAGUGACCCCACAAAGUGUUUUGACACUUAAGCCACACUUAAAUAUGUAUGAAUGUCUUUGCAUUAUAACAAAAUGUAAAAUCAAGUAAAAUCAAAUAUCCUAAAUUAAAUAAACUAAAAUUAAAAACUGUAGCUAUACAGACAUAUCAAUAAUAAUAAUAAAUGACAAAAACACAACAGAUUUACUAAAAUUGAAAUGAAAUAAUAAAAAUAAAAUUCAAUUAAAAUACUAACAAAAAGUAUUAUAGUAUAUUACUGUCACUAAAAUAAAAUUUAUUCUGAGAUGCAGUCCAGCAGCAUUUGUUUGCCACAUGGUUUGCUAUUUUGUUAUCUAAUGCAACAGCAUUCAUCCAUUUUAUGUUUUCUUGGCUUUUUAGGGCCAUUUUAUAGUCAAAUAGCUGUUUUUAUAUAUGCCUACAUAUCAUUUAAGUAAAACAUGCAUGGAAAUGGAUUGAAUUUAUAAACCUAAUAAAAUGAUUUUGUAUCUCAUUUCAUCAUUUAGGCACAUUAAUCCAACUAUCAGACAGAUGUAACAACUGAUAUUGAUUUAUCACAUAUUUGAUGAUCAAUAUGGAUUUAAUGUUCUCACUAACUUUAAACUGUGUUUUUUUGCAUUUUCUUUUCAUAAAUAGUUCUUAUUUGUCCUCUUUGUUUAGACACUAACGUUGUGCCAAUGUGCGUUUACCAUAAUACAAAUGUGAUGUUUAACAAAUCCAUUUAUAAUAAAUCAUGAUUUUUUUUAUACUCAGAUGUUAUUUUCAAACUGAGAUUUACCAAAAUUAAGUUAAGGUAAAUACAAUAAUACAUUUAAAAACAAAAUGAGUUUAAAAAGUAGUAAAAAUGAGAGGGGCCAAAAAUACAUCAAAUAUAUACAAAAAUACACAAUUAUGUUUUGCGUAGAUAUGCUGCAUCAAUUCCGACACCCUGAUUUUCAUCAUUGUUAUGGGAGUGCAGCCUUUUUGGUCACUAUGAAUUCUGUGCCUUUACUCAAAAUAAAAUCAUAUGAAGUA